AUGAAGUCUACCAUAUUCGCGGCAUCUGUGCUCCUUGCCGGCCUUGCUCUGGCCUCGCCGCUGCCGAAGCCCGACACACCGAAGCCGCCCGCCAACCAGUGUCCCCUGGGUCAACAUUCGGAGCCAAACCACUGGAGUCCAGGUGGCCCGCCUAUCUGCAUCCCCGACGGUGCGAUUCAGUAG